AUGACUUUAUUAGAAAAAGAAUGGUUCAUACAAGCUCCGUGGGGACGGCUAUGUAUUAUAGCAUGGGGUGAUUGUUGUGAUCCACCAGUCCUUGUUUGUCAUGGGACCAAUGAUUCUGCAGUCAGUUUUAGGCCCUUAAUAAAAUUAUUGCCGAGAAAGUUUUAUUAUAUUGGUUUAGAGUUACCUGGCUGCGGUAAGUCAGAUCCAAUGCCAUCGGGUCUCAUGAUCAGUGUAUAUGACUUAGUAUACAGUUUACAAACUGUUGUCAAGCAUUUUAGAUGGGUAAAUUUUGUUUAUAUUGGACACUCUAUGGGAUGUAGCCUUGGUAAAACAUAUGAACUGUCGUACCCCGGUAAGAUAAGUAAAUUAAUUGAAUUGGACCCGGUUACUUUCAACAUAAAUAUUCCUCCGGAGAAGUUUACCCUGUGGUAUAAUAAAUCGUUCACCAAUUUUUUCGAUAAAUAUACGAAAUAUAAUAAUGACAAGCCGAAGUAUACAAAAAAAGAGGCCUUAUCAAAAGUAAUGAAUCGUCGUGGAAUAUCGAGGGAAAUCGCGGAAGCAUUACUGGAAAGAGUGACAGAGACCACCGAUGAUGGACUUUUACGAUUUUCUUUUGACGAAAGAUAUUUGUCGGUGCCUGUUCCACCGUUUUCGAAGGAAUAUGUAAAAUUACUAUAUACUUCAAUUAAAACCCCAACAUUAACAAUAAUAGCAGAUGAAUCAAAAAACGCGGGAAAAUAUAAUUCGUGCACUUAUUUACUAAGUGAGAGCCCUUCUUGUCCUAAUUAUAGAGUGAGAGAAGUCGCAGGAAACCAUGAUGUACAUAUUGUUCACCCGGAGAGAGUUGCACCAUUUUUGGGUCAGUUUCUCUUAGACGGUCUAAACGGUUUGGAUAAUAGAGCAAAGUUA